UUCGCAUCAGUAUUCACACUAUCUCUGUGGAUGUUUAAAGCAAAUUUCGUUGUCACGAUUUCGUUGUUAGAAGCGAUGGACCAACCUUGCAAAGUGGAAUUAGGUAAUAACUUAAUAUUGUAUGCUUAGAGCUUAGAGCUUAGAGCUUAGAGCCUAGAGGGCAGGCAUAUUGAAAUGGAGGAGAAUAGAAUGGGAGACUGCAGGCAUCCCCGUGUGAUACUGAAAAACUUCGUGUCGGUGGAGGAAUGCAAGGAAUUGGAGUUCAUACACAAGAGCUGCUGUACGGUGGGGUACAGACCCAAUGUGUUCUCAACCACUCUCUCUCAUCUCAUCGCCACUCGCUCUCCCCACUUGAUUCUGCCGUUUGUUCCAAUCAGAGAGCGGCUCAAAGAGAAAUUGGAGGAGUGCUUUGGGUGUGAGUAUGAACUCUUCAUUGAAUUCACCGGUUUGAUCAGCUGGACUAGAGGAGCGAGCAUUGGAUGGCAUAGUGAUGAUAACAGGCCCUAUCUCAAACAGCGGGACUUUGCGGCAGUUUGUUAUUUGAAUAGCUAUGGAAAGGAUUUCAAAGGUGGACUCUUUCACUUCCAGGAUGGGGAUCCCACAACCAUUGUGCCUUUGGCUGGAGAUGUUGUGAUGUACACAGCUGACUGCCGCAACAUUCAUUCUGUUGAUGAGAUAACUGAUGGUGAAAGGCUGACCCUAACUCUAUGGUUCAGUCGAGAUUGUUCCCAUGAUGAGGACGCUAAACUUGUUUCCCUUCUCUCUCAAAGCCAAUUACACAGUUCAAAUAAUGAGCCUGAUUCAUACCUUCCUUUGCCAGCAUCUAGUAGUAUGUACUGGUUUUCGCCAGACCAUAUUUCUCAGCACCAAUCAGGAUUCAAUAUAUGCUGGGCAAGAAUGCACAUUCUAGGAUACAAUCUUUUCUCUCCUCAGGAUAAGAGUUGUUUUUCAGCAUUAGAUUCAUCUUGUGAUUUCUCAGAACGACUGAUGGAGCAACUGCAACUAGCAAGAGGAGAUGAGUUGUUUGACCAGGAAUUUGUCAACAUUUUGCAUGUUCUUCAGGUGGUACAGUUUUACAGUUGGAAAGCCUCAAAGUUGCAGACUUCAAAAGUUGAAAGGGAAACUGAAAAUUUGGUAGUGAAAUUAUCAGAGUCACAAAGAGAGAAAAUCAACAGCUUAAGAACUACAUUCUUAAAUGAUCAACAACUGGCAGAGACGGUGUUGGGUACAAGUUGUGGUGAGAGCAGGCAGCAUUCCUUUCAAUGGGUCAGUUUCUCUGCUGCAGUUGGUGCAUGGGAAGUUUAUACCCGUGAGUUAAGAAAAGAGCUAGUUCUGAGCUUACCAUAUUGGAUAAACCAUCAAGCUAUUUUCUCUGUGCCAUUUGAUGGGUCUUGAGAAAGAUCGAAGUAGCAUAUAUUUCAUUUUAGCUCCUCAAACCAAAGCAGCCUGAAUCUGGCCUUUUAUUUAUAGCAAAAUCUGUCCGGUUGUUUUGAACCGGAUGUUGUCUUGCAUCAAAA